CUGCCCCCUGGGGGCCGCCGGCCGCCGCCGGCGGCCACCGCGCCGCCCUUUGCAGCAUCCACGAGUAGCGCCCCCAAAUCUUCUCGCCCCUCCUCCCCUUCUCGUUUCCUCUCAUGGCUAGCGCAAGUCCAGGCCAUGGAGGCCAGCCGGCGGAGCGAUUCCGUCCGUCCCUGGCGAGCUUCGGUCCAGAGGGCCGUCGCUGCAAGCCGGGGCACGGCGGAUCUGCCCCUGUCGGCCAUCCCGGCACCGGUCAGUGGUGGGGCCGCCCCGCCUCCCCCUGAGUCGAGGAGGAGACAAACCCGGCGCCAAGUGCCGAUCCAGGCGGGAGGAAGGUCCUGCGUGGCCGGUUGGCCACCGCGUCGGCGUAUGUGCUUCGUCCCGGCGGUGGAGGAAGCGAUGGAAGAACGACGUCGAGGUCGUAGGCGAAGCCGGGCGGCCACGCAGGAGCAUCGACGGUGGGGAUGGAGGAGGCGCCGCCACCUCCAUUCCGAGGUCGUGUCAGCGUGGUCGACGGCAGCGGUGGAGGGGGCGGGAGCGGCAUCAAGGGCGGCGUCAUCUACGACAGUGGUGAGGACAAGGGGCGCGACAUUGAUGAGCGCCGACCACCACUCCCUUCAGUACGAACGCCGUUGAAACGGCGAGGAGGGAUGCGGUGGGCGGUGAUGUCGCGAAGGAAGCAACGAACGGCACCAUGCAACAUGUGUCGGCGAACGCCCCCGGUGGCUCUUGCACGGUCAUGACAGACUCCACUGCGUCGGUGAGUGCAUCGACCAUGGCGUUCAUAAAAGGGGCAUUAGGAGUUGUCGUCUUCUUAGUACCUCGCAAAAACUCCGGUGAAGUCUCCGGCGAGUCGAGUCCCUUCCCUUUCGUCCUUCUCUGCAUACCAGCGUCAGAGUGCAGAGCGUGCGUGCGUGAUAACGUGUGUUGAGUGAAAUAGAUGUCAACUCUUGUGUAUUGAUGAACAGUGUAGAAUAUAUAUAUAUAUAUAUAUAUAUGUGUGUGUAAAGGGGAACAGUCAGUUGCCUGUUGCGAAGGGGCCAAUGGCCCGAAGGUGUCCGCACCAAAAGAUGUCUAUUGCUAUGCCUACCGUACAAGUGUCAUUAGCAAUUGCUAAUGACAUCAUUAAUCCUAACACGAUAGAUGAUAGCCCGGACCUUGGUGGCGACGAAGCGUCAUCGUCGCGUGGUACCCUUUUGCGCGUGCCAAACGGGGCGAUCCAAAUGUGCUAGCCCUGUCGUGGCUCGUGCCCGCCUUGACCACCCGAGCCCGUCUUCCAAGUCGUUCUAACCGGACCCCGCGCGCGCGCGCGCGCUCUGGGGGUCUUCUCUGCCGCGCCGAGUGCGUACGGUAAAUUUGGAUCCUCGCGUGCGCCACGAUUGCUCGGCCACCAAGGAGGAGGGAUCAUCCAGCGCUCCGAAACGCGUACGGCUUUCCCCCAGCGCCGGCCGCUGCGCGUCGGCGGCAAUCAGACAGGGCGACGACCCCGUCUGCAACUGUAAAUUAAUGGCCAAGUCUCGUAAACAAAAGACCUCAUCCUCCCGUCGCAAAGCGAUCUCGCUCUGCUUCUUUAAUCUCUCUUCUAAUCGCGUGAGUGCUAACAACCCCAAGUCCUCGCCAUGACUUCGACCACUGCAGUUCGCGCACAUGCAGCUGCUGCUCCACCCUCGGCACUCUGCGGUCUGCUCGCUAAUAUAUAUCGCUCCGCCGAGGGCUCCUCUUCCUCCCACCACCGCGUCCCGAUCCCUGCUUCCUUCCGGUCUUCCACAUCGCCUCCACACGACGCCACCCGAUCGACGCGGCAUUUCAUUUCGAUUCAGAAGCUUGUAGGCAUCCCCGCCGCCGCGCGCCGCCGCCCGCCUGAAGAGAAUCAGCAAUGAAGCAGAAGAUCGUGAUCAAGGUGGAGAUGCCGUGCGACCGGUGCCGCUCCAAGGCGCUGUCCCUGGUGGCCGCCGCGGGCGGGGUCCUCUCCGUGGCGCUCGCCGGCGACGCCCGGGACCAGGUCGUCGUCGUGGGCGACGGCGUCGACCCCGUCAGGCUCGCCGGCGCGCUGCGCAGGAAGGUCGGGCCCGCGGAGAUCCUGCAGCUCGCCUCCCAGGCCAAGGACGAGGGCGCUGGCGGCAGCAAUGCCCCCGCCCCCGCCCCCGGCGCGCCGGCCCAGUACGCGCCGCCGACCGCGUGGCACUACUACCAGUACCCGCCGCCGGUGAGCGCCGUGUGCGAGCCCCCCGCCGCCGGGUACGAGGACAGCAUCUGCUCCAUAAUGUAGCGAGCGCAAGACCCCGCAAGUACGGAUUCCUCUGUUUUCAUACGACGGCUGACGGGUAGUACUUCUUUUUUUUCUUUUUUCCUCUACUUUUCCUUUUGCGAAAUAAUACUUCUUUUUUUCUAAGAAAUGACUUCUUUAGGAAAAAAAAUCGAAAAAGGUCAGACUUCUUUGGGCUUUGUUGGAUGUUGAUCCAUCUGUGUUUUUCAUAAAACUCCUCCUUUAAUUUUCAUGGGCUUGAUUUUGUUUCCGGGAAGGGGGCUUGAUGAUGGGCCGAAACCCCUGUCUGUAUCCCGGCCCAUUUCUGUUAGCAUUAAUUAUAUAGAAGAAAUUUUUCGUGUUCGAGACAAAUUCAACGGCAGCAAUUUCACUUCACGAGAAUAAUGAAAGACCAAAGCGAGUGUGAAAAGUCCCUGGUGCAACGAGGACAAAGUCGAAAAUCGCAGAGCGCUACCGAGUCAGAUCGAUGCUUCAUCUUCCGAUCGGCAGUGAUAGUAAAUUUCGAGGAAGAAGUACUAGGUCGGUUCCAAAAAGGAGCCGCCAAAAAGAUGCCGUCGAUCGCCAGCGAAAAAAAAAAGAAAUCCAGAGCUCCGGAUUUACCCCGCCGCAUCAGGAACAACUGCCGCCUGAUGUCGUUCUCGUUCUUAAGAAAAUGAGAACGAAAGAACCUACGACUGGACACCAGCUCACCAUCGCCUCCAUGAUUGGCGAAUUCUUCUUCGCGGGUGAUCUGGCGACCGGUGAAGCUGGCUUGACCUGCUGGCACCCUGGCGACCGUCUCCAGCCGCCACCGGAUUUCGCUAACCCGUUCGAUCAACCUGGUCUUACCGACGCUCUU